AUGGAGGAGACAGAGACAGAGACUGCAGCUGCAGAGGGAGAGGGAGAGGGGAUGCAAGUCGAUCUCCCUACACCUCCCUCUCCCUCACUCCCACUCCCUCACACCUCAACACAAGCAACAUCCCAUCCCCAACUACGCCUCGCUCCUAGCCCUCCUUCCCCCGUAUCCCCUGUCCGCCCCACACCCCACCCACUGCAACACACCUCCCUCCUCGCACUCCAAUCCCCGCUCUCCCAGGUAUCACCCCGCUCUGCACCUCACACUCCCCCCUCACCCGUCCAUAGGCCAAUCCCCCUUCCCCCGGUAACGCCAUACGACACCCCUUCGCACACCAGCCUCAGCUCGCCCAUGUUCUUCCCCCAGCAGAGCUAUAGGGAAGUAUCUCCACUCCGAUAUCCCGGGCUUGGACUUCCUUCUCAGGCGGACGACCCAUUUGGUUUCACACCCCAGAACGCCUCGCUCUUGCAUUUGGAAUCCCCUGUUCCUACUCCGAUGGUGGAAGAAGCCGACCCUCCGGAUCCGCCUCAGCGCUCCCGCUCCCGCUCCGAGCCUGCAGUCCGUUUCGCACCUCUUUCACCUCUCGCUCCCUCCGCCUCCGAGUCAGCAAUAGACGACAGUACCACCUCUUCCCUCGAAGCUCCUCCCGCAUAUACGCGACACGCUUCCGGCGGAGACCUCUCCCUCCCCCCUUUCGACCCCGGUCCUACGCCACUCGUUCCCCUCACCCUGCCCGAGCAGCCAGCGACAUACCGUCCGCUCGACCCUCCCCCGGAAUGUUUCUCAACCCCCGGUCCGUGGAGGAUCAAAUCCCGCUCUUUUCAGCCGUUCACGAUCCACAGCUUGGGCCGGUAUCUCGCCCAAGGCUGGCAGGCGGUGUAUGCCCCCAGCCUAGAGGCGCAUGGGAUAACGCAAGAAGACUGGGGCAGGUUCCUCACUGACCUGACGCACACCGCUAUCCUCGCGCAGAACGGUAUCUCCGCCGUAGCGCCUAAACGGCUCUCCUCCCCUCACGCGGGGUUCCGCAGCCUGCUAAGUGGAGCCUGGGCUGUCGAGGGAGGACCGUAUGACCAGGCAUUUAGGAGGAGCAGUCAGGAAGAGGUGCAAGCGCUCGUGGGGGUUUGGAAUGGGAGUGCGUGGGAGAGGCGGAAGGUGAGGUGUGCGCUUAGACCUGUUGGGGGUGAGGGGGGAAGGACGGGAUGGGAGCUGUUGGUCGAGGCGCUUUAGCGGGCUGGGGAUGUGCUCAUGGGGAGUCCUGAUGGGAACGGGGUGCUUGACAGCUCAUAUGCAUCGAAUGUACCAUAUCAUUUAGCAUUUUUCGCUUGUUCUAUCAUCUGAGUGUAAUUCGAGAUCUGG